UUUAAGCUUAGCUCUCGAAUCCUAGCGUGAAAUUGUCCUACAGUUGGCGGUAGAAGAAUUCCGCUCCCGUUUGUUGCAUUAAACUACGGGAUCUCAGACAGGAGAGGAGAGAUUACAAGUUUACAACCAAGGGGAUGCGCCGUGAAAUAUUCGUUGAAAGUGAUUUUUUUUUCUCCGCCUUCUUCUUUCGUCGUGCCUGCCGUUCUUGGUUUCUUCUCCAACUACUACCCGUUCCUCCAAGAACGGACGACCACUGUUUCCCUCUCCCUCUCGUCCUCUCUCUGUUUCUCUCUCUUCUCCGUUCCCCACCCGCCGUGCGCGCAGCGGACGUGAGGCUGCCGUGCCAGGGAAGAGCUCGUGUCGUUGCAGUGGCAGGCGCAAUGGCAGCCCAUCGCCUCUGACCUUGCGUCCGAGGCUGCUCAAGAGGCUCGCGAAGAGGAUCAUGUGACGACGCCUUGCCGUCGUCUCGUCGCGCGCCUGCGGAAAAUGUGUAAGAUGAUCGGCUUCAUUUCGUCGUGGAUGGCGCUAGUCACGCUGGCGCUUCAUCUCGUCGUGGAUGGCUGCUCGGCGGUCAACCUUGAAGGGUCGGCGCUGCUCAAGUUCCAGUCAAGGGUGGAGGAGGAUCCGCAUGGCGCCAUGGCGGGUUGGAGCCCGCGCGACGGCGAUCCUUGCAGCUGGAACGGCGUCCGCUGUGUCGAUGGCAGGGUUGUGAUGCUGAACCUAAAGGAUCUCUCAUUACGAGGCACCUUGGGUCCGGAGCUAGGAACGGUUAGCCAUCUGAGGGCUCUUGUACUCUCCAAUAACUUGUUCACCGGACCGAUACCUAAGGAAAUGAGUGCUCUCACAAUGUUGGAGAUAUUGGAUUUAAGCAAUAACAACUUGACUGGGGGAGUUCCACAAGAGAUAGCAGAAAUGCAAUCACUUAAGCAUUUAUUGCUUUCCAACAACAGCUUUCAAUGGAUUCUGAUCCAAAAUUCCUAUGGAAACCUUGAUCCGGAAAAUGAUUUUGAUAUGCACGAUCAUCUUGAGAGGGGUAAUAUGGAUCAAAGAGAUGAGAAUGGGUUCGAAUCUGGUUCUUCAUCAGAAAAGAACAAAAAGGACACUAGCAAUCUUUCUGUUCACAUUCCUUCACAAUUCGCAGCAAGAAAUCCAGCUGCACAGUUUAGCCAGCGCAGAUUACUUCAGGAUACCAAUCUUGCUGCACCUUCUUCUGCAAAUGUUCCUGCUCCAGCUGCUGUUCCUGUUCCUUCGACUGGCAGUGGUUCAUUUUCAGCAUUUAGUCCCAACAAUGCACCUGUACCCGCUGUAAAUUCUCCAAGUAGUCCACCUGUGGUCCCCGAUACUCCUGCAGAAGAAGUUUUGGAAAGAAGGUCCAUAAGAUGGCUUGUCAUUGUGCUUCCAUUGGUCGCACUUCUGCUAAUUGGCAUCACAUGUAUGCUUUUGCUCUGCCGCAACAAAUCAGUGAAAACGAUAGGUCCAUGGAAGACUGGACUCAGUGGUCAGCUCCAAAAGGCAUUUGUGACAGGAGUACCGAAGUUGCAGCGCUCUGAGCUGGAAGGUGCCUGUGAAGAGUUCAGUAAUAUUGUUGCAAGCUAUCCACAGUACACUGUAUAUAAGGGAACCUUAUCGAGUGGUGUUGAGAUAGCUGUUGUAUCAACUAUAAUUACAUCUAGCAAAGACUGGUCAAAGCAUUCCGAAGGGCGAUUCAGAAAAAAGAUAGACUCGCUCUCGCGGAUUAAUCAUAAGAACUUUAUAAACCUGCUUGGAUACUGCGAGGAGGAGGAGCCUUUCAUGAGAAUGAUGGUGUUGGAAUAUGCGCCCAAUGGAACACUAUACGAACAUCUCCAUGUCGAGGGAUUUGAUCCUAUUGAUUGGAAUGGUAGGAUGAGGGUAAUUAUGGGAGUAGCAUACUGUAUCCAGCACAUGCAUGAGCUCAACCCUCCUCUAACACACCCGAACCUGAAGUCAAGUGCAAUAUUGCUAUCUGAGGAUGGAGCUGCAAAGAUAGCAGACAUGAGUGUUUGGCAAGAAGUAUAUUCCAGAGGAAAUAUGCCCAAGAAUGACGACUUUGUUGAUCACCAUGAGCCAGUAGCUGCUGAUCCAGCUGGGAAUGUAUGCAGUUUUGGUAUACUCAUGCUAGAAAUCAUCUCAGGAAAGCCUCCAUAUUCUGAACACAAGGGCUCCCUUGCGAACUUGGCUUUGGAGUGCAUCAGGGAUGACCGGAGCAUGUCUUGUUUACUUGAUCCUACCUUGAAGGCUCACAAAGAAAAGGAUCUAGAUAUCAUUUGUCAGUUGAUCCAGGAUUGCAUCCAAAAUGAUCCGAAAAAGAGACCAAGCAUGAGAGAAGUAACCACUAGAUUGAGAGAAGUACUAGCGAUUACACCGGAGGCGGCAACACCAAGGCUAUCUCCACUGUGGUGGGCAGAGCUUGAGAUCCUUUCGGUUGAAGCAAGCUAGGGGAGAUGUUCAUACGAUAUGGUUCGUACAGCAACACUGAGGUUCUGUGCAUGCUUUCAUGCAACCUUGUACAUCUCUGUUGUACAUUUCAUCUCAUCUUGUGUUGUAAUUUCGGUGUCUGCGUGUUACAUUCUUCCCCUCCCCUUAAAUUCGAUUGCCCAGUAAUUUUUCUCAUUUCUUCUUUACUUUCUUUUGUAUACUAAACAUACAUGGUGUGAGAGUAGAAUGAUUAAUUCCGUCAUAGGGUUGAUUGUAAUCAGGAAAUAUGUAAUGUGCCAUGGUUUUACAGAAAUAUUCUUUGAUUGUUGAUGAGAGAGAAAUAACAAUCAGUGUGGACUAAGUGUUCAUAUGCACA